GAACGCUCCUCAGCUCCGCUAUAUAAGAGUGAGCAGAUCAAGAGGGGACCAUGAAACAGCUGCAGGAGCCAAGAAAGACGAAGGGCAGCAGCCAGCACACCUCGCCAUCCCUCUUUCAGACGCUCAACGUAAAGGAGCACAGAAGCUCAUACGAUGACAAGCGCCAACACUUUGGCCGGACUCCUGCUCCUCAUCAUCAUUCAGAGCAGCUGGCAGGUGCCUGACCAGGACACAGAUGGAAACUCCAUGUUACUGACUGAAAACUCCCUGAUGACCGAACCGAUUGAGCUCCCAAACAUGAAGCGACACUCAGAGGGGACAUUUUCAAACGACUACAGUAAAUACCUGGAGACGAGAAGAGCACAAGACUUUGUCCAGUGGCUAAAGAACUCAAAGAGAAACGGGAGUCUAUUUAGACGCCAUGCAGACGGCACCUACACCAGUGACGUGAGCUCCUACCUGCAGGACAAGGCGGCCAAGGAGUUUGUGUCCUGGCUGAAGACUGGCAGAGGCAGAAGAGAUUAGACUCACCAGCUCCACACAUUAGGCAACCAUUCCCAACUGACUAUGUGCCAUCAAUUGUUUCACAGUGUGUAUCAGCCCUUUCCUUGGUCAUGCUAUUAAAUUCCCAUCAUAAGAAGCUCUGUCAGCUUUCAGGAAAUGUUGACAAAAUGCCGUAUGUUUGAAACGUGUGUCAAUCAUAAAUGCUGGGUGAAUUUCUAUCGAGCAUUCACGUCAUGAUUUCUUUUCUAAACAUUUCACAUUUUGCCAUUUUCAUCUUCCUUCUGACAUGAACGUUUUAAAAGAAUCCACAAUCACAUCAUUGAUCUAAAUUGCAAGUUCGAUAAUCACAUGCAGCUUGUCCCCAUACCUUCUCUUAUAAUGCAUAUUUAGUUUUCAAUAAAGAAAUGUGUACAAUCA